AUGUUCAAGAGCGGCCUCGCCCGGACCUUCGGCAGGGCUGCCUUUGCCCGACCGACCCCUGUGGCUCSKCGCGCUUUCGAGCCUCUUCGUUCCAAUGCUCUUCCUGCUCUCACUGCUCGAUUUGCAAGCACAGAUGCCAGCCUCGUUGGAAAGAUUCACCAGGUCAUCGGUGCCGUCGUCGACGUGAAAUUCGACUCCGAGUCUCUUCCUCCCAUUCUUAACGCCCUUGAGACCGAGAACAACGGCCAGAAGCUUGUGCUCGAGGUGGCUCAACACUUGGGUGAAAAUGUCGUUCGUACUAUUGCUAUGGAUGGUACCGAGGGUCUUACCCGUGGUGCUUCCUGCAAGGACACUGGUUCCCCCAUCAGUAUCCCCGUCGGCCCUGGUACGCUCGGUCGUAUCAUGAACGUCACUGGUGAUCCCAUUGACGAGCGUGGUCCCAUCAAGGCUACCAAGUUCGCUCCUAUCCACACCGAACCCCCCAGCUUCGCUGAGCAGUCCACCUCCGCCGAGGUCUUGGUUACUGGUAUCAAGGUCGUCGAUCUUCUCGCCCCCUACGCUCGUGGUGGAAAGAUUGGUCUCUUUGGUGGUGCCGGUGUCGGAAAGACUGUCUUUAUCCAGGAGUUGAUUAACAACAUUGCCAAGGCUCACGGUGGUUACUCUGUCUUCACUGGUGUCGGCGAGCGUACUCGUGAGGGUAACGAUUUGUACCACGAAAUGCAGGAAACUGGUGUCAUUCAGCUCGAGGGUGAAUCCAAGGUCGCCCUCGUGUUCGGUCAGAUGAACGAGCCCCCCGGUGCCCGUGCCCGUGUUGCUCUUACUGGUUUGACCAUUGCCGAGUACUUCCGUGACGAGGAGGGCCAGGACGUGCUUCUCUUUAUUGACAACAUUUUCCGUUUCACUCAGGCCGGUUCUGAGGUGUCUGCCCUUUUGGGUCGUAUCCCCUCUGCCGUCGGUUACCAGCCCACCCUUGCCGUCGACAUGGGUGUCAUGCAGGAGCGUAUUACCACCACCACCAAGGGUUCUAUCACUUCUGUCCAGGCCGUCUACGUGCCCGCUGACGAUUUGACUGAUCCUGCCCCUGCCACCACCUUCGCUCACUUGGACGCCACCACUGUCUUGUCUCGUGGUAUCUCUGAGUUGGGUAUCUACCCUGCUGUCGACCCUCUCGACUCCAAGUCUCGUAUGUUGGACCCCCGUGUCGUCGGUGAGGACCACUACAACACCGCCUCCCGUGUCCAACAGAUGCUCCAGGAGUACAAGUCUCUCCAGGAUAUUAUUGCCAUUUUGGGUAUGGACGAAUUGUCCGAAGCCGACAAGCUUACCGUCGAGCGUGCCCGUAAGUUGCAGCGUUUCUUGUCGCAGCCUUUCACCGUCGCCCAGGUCUUCACUGGUAUCGAGGGUAAGCUCGUCGACUUGAAGGACACUAUCCGCAGUUUCAAGGCCAUCAUCAAUGGUGAAGGUGACGACCUUCCUGAGGCUGCUUUCUACAUGGUUGGCGACUUUGAGUCUGCCCGUGCCAAGGGUGAGAAGAUCUUGGCUGAACUCGAGGGUUCUUCAUAA